AUGAUUGAAGUGAGCGUGUGCCAAGAUGCGACUUUCCAGAUUCCAGCAAGUCGUGGAGUGGUGUGUUCGGGGAAUAGUCAGCAACCUCAUGGAGUUGAAUGCCCUCGCAUUGGCGACGCAGCUUCUGAUGAUUGCUACUCGUAUCUCUACAGCUACAACGGUAGAAGUUGUGUCGCAAAAGAAGAUGCUCUAUGUGUGUAUCUUAAAGGAAGAAACGCUUGGGGGUGCACCUUUCAGUCGACUCGAUGCAAUGAUAAGUGGGAGACCUUUAAAGAUAUUGCAGUGCAUAGAAAAUGCCCGACGUGGCUUUACUCGAGCCAAGACGCUCCUUCUACAGGUAAAAGGGACCCAUUGGAUGAUGAAAAUUAUGCCAAUACGAUGUGGUUCAUCAAGACAACCGCGUUAAGGGAGCUUGACAACUGCAAGGGUGGCACUUCAAAACAAUCUACAGUUGCUCCCAUUACUACAUCACAAAUAUUAAUCAAUUCCAUAACGGUCCCUCGAGUAGAAACACUUCCAGCAGCGAAUAAAUUAGUCCGUUCGGAUAUGUAUACUUUUGAAUCCGCGAAUGCUAAAAGUACUUCGGAAGCGGAUCAUGUUACUACGUCAUGCGCAAUAGAUUUGACCAAAGAGAAGGGAAUUUCGAUGCUCUCUCUUAUACCACCGAAGACUGACGUGUCCAAGUUCUCGCUGACCGGGGAGUUAAAGAAUCAAAUGGAUUCUUCUACUUCAAGCGCAAAAGUGUUCCAGCAAACACGAAGUCCCAAAGUGAAGACGAUAGACGAACCGAUAACUCUUGCAUCGGAAAACGCAAUUAACUCAAGUCAAAAAUAUAUUAACAAGCCCCAGCAAUCGAGACUAACAGCGAUAAUCGACACUUUAAGUCUUCUUGAUAGUACCAAGAAGAAAAUAGCGACUUCUUUGAGCCUUACAAUUGAUAAGGCUGAAAUGUCGCACGAGUUAGAAGCAUCGACGAUAACUCCACCAGCAGAGACCCGUUUUUCGAUUGCUGAUAGCGACUUUGAAGAUCAACUUACUGCCUCCCCGGCUGUAAUACACGAUUCAAUGAGCUCGAAAUCGUUUUCUGCUUUAUCUGCCAAAACACCUUGUGCUUCAGUGACUAUGGAUAAGCAAACGAAACUUCAGACUUCCACAAAGGCCGAUUUCGUGACUAUCACAUCUAUAGGAAUUUCAGCUGUAGCAGUGGCCGUCAUUAUAAUCGCCAUUGGCAGCAUCGUCGUUUUAAUGAUUUCAGGUUUUCGUACACGGUAUCGUUUAUCUCAAUUGCCACCUGAAGAACAUCAUCGUAACCAUGAAAUCGUGCUCACCCCCUUAAAUUUGCUAAAUACGGAACUGUGGUAUCGAAGUGACUCGAUAAGAACCUCGAGACCGAACUCUGUACAUAGCCGCUAUCGCUUUGGCGGUAGUAUGUGUACCCAUUGA